AACUCUUUAAUUAAACAUAAACACAUACAUGCUUUCCCUUUCUCUUUGGGGGUUUCUUCCUUUCCACAGAAUCUAAAAAUCAAAGAAUUAUGGCCGCCUUUAACUCUUUUUCAUUUCUCUAAAUCUUUCUUUCUCUUAUCUCAUAAAUACCUAAAUAUCUAAAAAAUAACAUUUAACUCUUUCUUGAUUUUUCCCAAUUUGACCAUAAUUUAAAGAUUUUUGCAUGGACUUGGGAAUUUCCUUUAAAAAGAGAACAAUUCUUCUCCUUAGUUAUCAAAAUGAAGAAAGAAAAAGCUGUUGUUCUCCUUGUUAGGAUGCAGAUGUUGGUGAUACUUGAAAUGCGUAAUGUUAAGAGAGAAGCUUAGAAUGGAGAAAAUUGAAGAGUCAGGUAGCCCUAGUUGGGGUGCAUCGUUUUUUCAAACAACGGAAGAUGUUGCAAGAGCUGUAGCUGCUGCUGCAGCUGCCGUUCGGUCGCCACGACCUUCUGUGGUAUAUUCAUCUAAAGAUGACAGCGGUAGUCAGCUUCAGAAACUUCAGCGUUCAGUAACUAGAUUAAUGAAAGGCUUAUCCAGUCCCCCUGAAGUUAAAAGUGGAGCCUACAACCCAGAAAUACUAACUAGCCAAAAGCGUCAGUGGGCUAGGUUUCAGUUGCAAUCCCUGGAUCAUAGAGUUUGGAAAGAGCCAUCAAGGUGUUUUGAGAGCAUGGUGGUUGUUGGACUCCAUCCUAGCUGUGAUAUUCAAGCACUUCAAAGGCUUUAUUUUUCAAGAAAGCUAGAUGGUCCAGGGAGACUUAGAAGCGCACUUGGAAGUCAAAGUCAAUCACGCGUGGAACCUAACCUUGAGCCUCAGGUCUUGUUUGUUUACCCUCCAGAGAAGCAAUUGCCACUCAAAUACAAGGAUCUUCUCUCAUUCUGCUUUCCAGCAGGAGUAGAGGUUCAUGCUGUUGAGAGAACUCCAUCAAUGAGUGAGUUAAACGAAAUACUUCUGGGACAGGAACACCUUAAACAAAAUGAUCUAUCCUUUGUCUUCCGGCUUCAGGUUGCUGAUAAUUCAACUCUAUACGGUUGCUGUGUUUUAGUUGAGGAAAUGGUUCAGAAACCCUCUGGACUGCUUUCCAUGAUUUCAGAUGUACAAAACACCAGCUUGGGUAUUAGCCGCCAAAUUUUAACAACACGCCGCUGUUAUUGCAUUCUUUCCAGACUUCCAUUUUUUGAUCUUCACUUUGGUGUAUUAAAUAGCAUUUUCACUGAAGAAAGAUUGGAGCGGUUAACGAAGCAAGUUGGUGAUCUUGAUUUUGAUUCACUUGUGAUUGACGAUGAGGAAGAAAAUUUGGGAGAAAAUACUCCCAGCAGAUCAUUGGAAGAAACAAAUCAGUACGUCCUGAACGGCAUUGUAGAAAGCCCGCAACCAAUCACUGCUGAUUCUGUUAUUAGUGGAACUGUGGAUGACAAGUCUCAGCUGGAGUAUAGAGUUGCAGAAGGGGAUGUACUCUCAAAGAAAGAUGGAACUGAUAACAAGGCAUGCACUGCUGAUAACGACAUAGAUUUUGCUAAUAAAGAAUCUAUACUUGGAAGGCAAGUCCCUGAAGCUUCUGAUAAUUCCACUGAUGAUAACAAACAACUGGUAGAAAAGGGUGUACCAAAUGCUGUUUUGCCACUUUUAAGAUAUCAUCAGUGUGAAAGUUCUGAAUCUUCCUCUAGUUUUGGAUACAGUUUCCAGGGCUCUCCUAGUGAAGAUAGACAUUUUAGAAGUGAUUUUGAUGAAACCGAAACUGAGGAAGCAUCCUUUUCUGGGCAAGAUGAUUCAAGCCAGCAUAGUGAUAUAGUAGAAUGGGCGAAGGCCAAUAAGCAUGGAUCUUUGCAGAUACUAUGCGAAUAUUACAAGCUAAAAUGUCCCGCAAGGGGCUCAACAAUUAAAUUCCAUCCUCUGGAUCACCUUCAUCCUUUAGAAUAUUAUAGACCUGAUGAAGAACUUUUACAUUUUGCUGGAUCGACAAUUGACUUAAAAUCAUGCAGUACAAGUUUGGAAUUAGCAGAGGCUCACAAUGCACUCAUGGUGGAAGAGGAAGCAACUGCGUUGUCAAUCUGGGCUAUUGCAUGCUUAUGUGGCUCAUUGCGGCUUGAGCAUGUGCUGACACUGUUUGCGGGAGCUUUACUGGAGAAGCAAAUUGUAGUGGCCUGUUCAAAUUUGGGAAUAUUGUCUGCAUGCAUUCUGUCCAUUAUCCCUUUGAUUCGUCCUUAUCAGUGGCAAAGCUUGUUGAUGCCGGUUUUGCCUAAUGACAUGCUGGAUUUUCUGGAUGCACCUGUUCCCUAUAUAGUAGGUGUGAAGAAUAAAACCUCUGAGGUUCAGUCAAAGUUAACAAAUGCCAUCCUUGUAGACGCAAACAAGAAUCAGGUGAAGUCACCAACUUUACCACAACUUCCGCAGCAAAAGGAGUUAUACUCUUGCUUAAGUCCUUACCAUGCAAAGCUGGUGGGAGAAAGUUACCUGGCAAGGAAGAGGCCAGUUUAUGAGUGCACAGAUGUUCAGGUUGAAGCUGCAAAGUGUUUCCUGGCAGUGUUGCGGUCUUACCUGGAUUCACUGUGCUCAAACAUUCGUUCACACACAAUUACUAAUGUCCAAUCAAAUGAUGAUAAGGUAUCUCUGCUCUUGAAGGAGAGCUUUAUCGAGUCAUUCCCUAGUCGAGAUCGGCCCUUUAUGAAGCUUUUCCUGGACACACAGCUCUUCUCUGUACAUACAGAUUUUGUACUUUCUUUCUUCCAGAAGGAAUAGAGCCGCCAUGCAUAGAUCCAGUUCGUGAUGUAAUAGUGGAACGCAAGUUCCUGUAUUUUUAGCGUAUAGUUUAUUGCUCAAAAGUCUAAUAUAAGGGUAAUUUUAUGUAUCAUAAUUCAUAGAAGAUACACAUUUAAUCUCUUGUUCUGAUUUCUAGCAUCAGUCUAGUGUUUUUUUUCUUUUUUUUUUUUCCAAAAAAACUCUAUCGAUUGUUCAACUCAGGCAUGCCAAGUAGCCAAUGCAUUGGAGAACAUAAAGUAUUGUAGGAUAGAAUCAUAAACUUGUACAGCGAGUGAAAUUCUAGCAAAAGCUAAAAUAUCUAUACUGGUCUGAGUUCCA